AUGAACAACAAGCUCAUAUAUCGUUCGGUUAGAUUUGCAACCCAUAACAGCCAGCUUUUACUUCCACCUUUGGUUCUCUACAGAAGGAUACUAAGGCAGCAUAAGCUGCUACCUGGUCCCCAAAGGGAGAUGGGUGACCAAUACGUGCGAAACGAGUUCAAGUUGCACAAAGAUAUCGAUAACCCGUUGCAUAUAGUCGGCUUUUUAGCUUCCUGGCAAGAUUAUCUCCACAUGAUUUCCAACGGUAAAUGGAAAGAUGCCACUUUAUCUUCGGAAACCCUGGAGAAACUAUCCCCUGAGCAAACAGUUCAACUGUAUGAAUUGAUGAAGGAAACACAGAAACUUCACCAAGACAAUGAAAUAGAAUCAAGUAAGGACGUGAAGCGGAACAACAAGGAUUAG